UCUCGAUGGCCGAACUUCUUUCAAGAUCUACCGUAGCACCUUCGCAGAUCACCUCGCACUUUGCGUCCCAAAAGAGUAAUUCUCGCAACAAUGAGCACCUAUCAACCCACCUCUUUCAGCUACAUAGCCCCGCGCUAAAAUAUUCCCUUAAUUACAAUUCCCCUGACUUCACCUCUCUAUAUAAUAUUCUCCCUUCCCAACCUCAACCCCUUCAAAAUCCCCCUCAACCUAAACCCACCCACACACCUUUCACUCUUCAGUCCACCUCCCCAAUCACUCCACAAUGUGCCUCCUCCUCCUCCUCCUAAAGUGUUUCAAGAAACCCGACAAAUCAUCCGACACCGCCACGCAUCCACAUCCACAGAUGCAGCACGCUUACGCUCAACCACCGCCAUCCAGCGUUCCACCCCCGCGAUCGCGACUGCAACGCCGGAAAUACGAGGACGAUGUUAGGCAGUAUGGUCCAGCGGUUGCGCAGGCGAAUUGGGAGCGAAGGAGGGAGGCGGCGAUGAAGGCUUUGGGGGGAGGCGGGUG